AUGCCAGACUGUCAAAUUACCACCUCUUGUGAUGCUGGCACCACAUGUCAUUCUAAGGUUACUGUUUCUGUGGCAUCAACUGAGUGCCACAAGUAAGUUUUGGUGUAGUAGAAAAAACACCGGCCUAUAGGGUUGCUCCCUUUUCUAUUUAAAUCUCUUCCAUCUUCUUUACAACUCCCUGUUGUGGUUUAUUUGCCCAAGAGCACAUCUUUUUCAUUAUCUUUAUUACUGGCAUUUGACCUUAGCUUGGUAUUGGCUAGUCUACUUUGGACUUUGAUUCUAUUAUUGUUUUGUUAUUUCUCUGGUAUACAUGACCUCAGCUUAGCCUGUCUAUUCUUAAGCUGUCUUCAGGUGUGUUUAGACUUCCAUUAGUAUGUUGAACCUCUAAGGACCAAUAAUACACCAUAUGUUUACUUCUUCUUUACUAUCUCAGAUUUUGUAUUUUGUGUUAUCCUGACAAUCACAUUGCUAUGAUGCAAGAGGGGUAAAUUCAGUGGGUAAAAGCUGAAUAUUCAAUUUUCACAUUACCUUAGGAGAUUUUUUUUUUCUGAUUUUUUUUUUUAUCGGUGAAAUGUAUUAAUUAUUAAUGUAUAACAUGUAACUGAUUUUCAAGUGUGGAUGAAUCAUAGGGUCAUACAUUUUAAAGAGGAUUCCAGAUAUUUAAUUUUGCAUUUGGAAGACACUAUCAUAAAUCCAUUUUACUUUUACGUCUAGUACUAUAGGUGCCAAAGGGUAUAUGAAAGCCCAUCGUCUACAGUUUGUUAACCCACUCACUUCCAAGGGGGGGGGGAGGGUGGUUGUAUGUGUGUGUGUGUAUGUGUGAGUGUGACCUGUAAAUGUUUAUGAUAUCUUUCUUGUGAUUUUGCGGAGAUACUCAGUCCUAAUAUGGGUUGAUCUUAGUAAAUAACAUUUCUGACAAAUCAGAUAAAAUUUCUUUUCAACAGAUAGGGAAUGUAAUUAAUUACAUCUAAAUUACCUUUAAUUACCUUGAAGUUAAAUUUUGUUCCUAUGGAUUUCCAACUGAAAAUGUGCCUCUUUACAAGACUAAUAUAGAUAGCAACUAACUAAUUGUAACUUUAUUGUUAUUUAUCAUAAACGUGUCCCUACAGUACAUUAUAGAGACAUGAAUCAGUUGUGGGUGUAAUAAAAUAAAAUAGAGAAGUGUUAAAACUACACAAGAACAAUUUUAAAGUGACUGCAAUCACUAAAAUAGGAAUUUGAUUUAAUCUACUCAAAAAUCAAAUGUAAGCAUGUUUUCCAGGAACUUAGGAAUUCUUACAAAUAACAGAGCACAUAUAGGGUUAAAAAUCCAGUUGAUGACCAUGGGAUAUUUUCCUUUGAUAUAUUUGAUGUAAUCCCAUUGCCCCUAAAAUCUUGCUAUCAGAUCUUUUCUGCAAAAUAUCAUUUUUGUUUAACUCUUUAGAAAGGAUAGUUUAGAGUAUUUGUCCUUUCAAAACGAACCCCUCAUCUUAGUGAACUGCUAUGAGCCCUGUACCUUCUCAUCUGGUUCACAGCAGUUGGAAUGCAUGAUGUUGUUUCUCUUCAAGCCAGCAUACAUAAACAGAUUUGGAGCUGCCCACCCACAAGUACUGUAAACACAGGUUUUAUCCAUUCACUAACACUCAGCUGUCUUUUCAUAGUCAUUUUGUUAAGAUUCAUUUCAAAUGAGCCCAAGGUGCUUUGUGAAAUCUUUGUGUACAUCAAUGCAUGUUUCUAUAUCCAUAUAAAUACAUAUCACACUAAAACAUUUUCCCCAUGUCUAUUGCAAAAUAUUACAUACAAAUGAUAUUGUCAAGAAAUGUUGAAACCAAACAAUCUAUAUUACCCAUUUGAACUGUAGAAUAUAUAUUUUAAAAAAGCAUGCUAAGGAAUGUACAUUCCAUGCUAAGCUUAAUGCCAGGGUAACAUUCCAAAAAAAGCACUCAGUGUAUACAAAAUGGACGUCUGAACAACGAAUGCUUAAUUGGCCCAAAGUUGUUUUAGCUUAUAGAAAGUUCAAAAGAUGUACUAACAAAUUAUAUGUUUGACCACAUCAUACAUAUUUUAUUAUGGAUAUUUUUCCAUAUGUAAAUAACUGUAAAAAAUAAUAUAUAUACUGUAUACACAACUUUAUUUUUUAUAUGAUCACAUUAUUUUGCAGGAAAUAUCCUGGCUCAGCAGUAAUUCCACUCUCUUUGAUGUAGCCGAGUUUGGUUCAAAUUCCAGCUCUGUCUCAUUGCCUUCAGCAAGUUAAUUUAUUUCUCAAUUCUAUAUGCCUAAAUUAGGAGCUAUUUCCAAUGCACAAAGUCAGAUAAGGCUUAACAUCCAAAAACCAUGUAGGGUGUCCACGGUGGGGACUUACCAAUGUGUGAAAUGGCCAUGAAAAAUAUUUUUUGUUUUUAGCAUUUCUGCCAGAUUAUUCAGUUUACAAACAUAGGGUACCAGGAUUGUUAAAGCUCUGUAUUGGUUCUGUUUCUGGUUUCAAAUGUAAUACACCACAUAUGUUCCACAUACAAACAUUACACAGUGGCAUUAAAAAAAUAUUCAUUGGGGGGCGGACCCAUGCUAGCAGGAUGCGGUUUUACUGAGCUACGGGCAAACAUGCAGGAAAACAAGCUAAAAAGUAGGUUAUACUGACCUUUACUAUUCCUGACUCAUGCUGCAGCCUUCCUUACGACACAGGGUGCAAAAAUAAGAAAUAUAGGGCGGACAAAACCCCCGCGACCGCCGAUCUCUUAUGGAGGCCUGUCAUGGUGUCGCCAUCCAUCGACCGCUCCCGAUCUUCAAUUGAGACAUCCUUUAGUGAGCACUGUGCAAUGGGGACACAUGCUGGCAAAGAUCACACCAUACAGCUCCAGCCUGCCGGGAACCCCCUUAUCAUGGAUGAGACACUGAGGCAUCUCUUUGACGAACUCCGCAGAAAUAUUGUGGCCAACAUUGGUCAGUUUAGAGACGAGAUCAACGGGGUCUCAGCUCACCUCACCAAUGCAGAGGUGAAUACUGCUGCUCAUGAGCAACAGAUCACAAAGCUGGAACUCAGGAAUGCAUAA